AUGGCAGAAUUUCUAAUCUCUAUUGCCUAUCUACCAUGUCAGACUGCGGCAGAUGAAUGCUUGCAAGGGACCCCUAGGGUCCGCGAGCUGGACCUGCGCGAAUGCAAAGUCAGCUCAACUGUUGACGGCAUCAAUGUCGUCAGAGGUAUCAAAUGCAGUGCCGUCUUAGCCUUCUUCACCUUCUUACGAGCCAAUCUCGCCCUCAGCUCCUCCAUGAUUGCUUCGCCCGCGAGCACACCUCUACUCGAUCCAAUUAGCGCUCCUACCGACUCGAACCCGCUCGAAUUCGCAUCGCCCGCAACCGACGCCGCGCCUGCCACCCCGUCAACGUCGAGCUGCAGCAGCGAUCUCGUGCCCCUCGACGACAUUCCCGAGCUCUCACUCGACCUCCUCCGCACCGAAGAGGAGCAGGAAGAAGGCCUCGACCUCCUCGCCGCCACCGUUGCCGGCAUGCGUACGCCCGCCACCGUCACCGUCAUGUCCCAUCCGAGCUGCCUCGUGCCCUUGACCACCUUCCUCUCCGUCAUCUACUACACGCGCUACACCAUCCCGGGCCACUUCAAGGUCACCGCCUGCUGCACCUACGGCUCCGUCUUCAUCUACAUCUUGCUCAUAUGGUGCCUCGCCCGCCCGUACAAGACGUUUGCCAAGGACAUCAACCGCGCUUGGCUCGACGAGGAGGGCCCCGACCGCGAUAUCAUGGUCGGUGCCCGCGGCAAGGACAACAAGCUCGCCGGCGUCGUCGUCCUGCGCCUCAGCCCCAAGCUCGUGCCCACCGGCGGCCGCCGCCACCGCACCCGCAGCCUCUCCUUCAAGGGCGGUCGCGGCCUCAUCCGCGCCUGGGCCGUCCGCCGCAAGUCCCGCGGCCGUGGCGUCGGCAAGGAGCUGCUCCAGGAAGCCGUCCGCAUCACCAGGGACCGCUGCGGCAAGGACGCCGAGGUCGGCUUCGUCCAGGACCACGCCCACAGCAGGCUCAUCUUCCACAACAUGUUCAACAGCUUCUUUCGCAAGGUCGAGAUUGGCGCCGACAAGGCCUUGCGCACGGCCAUCAGCGAGUGGUCCGCGACAAAGAAGAGGAAAAACAAGGCAUGA